UGCCCCCUCUAUUAGAAGGUGGGACGGGGCUGCAGUGCUGCUGCCUUUGUCAUUCUCUCCCGCUUCUCGUGUUUCUCUGGAACAGCACCGACCAAAACCGCCGGAAGGAAGUGGGGGCAUCACCAUCACAUGAGUGCAGCAGCGGCAGCAUGACCACUGAACAACACCCCCGACUGGGCAGCGUCUCGAUUUUGUAUCUCCUCCUCUUGCUCUUUCUCUUGACCCUCAAUGGGACGGCGUCGGGUCAGUCGGUGCCGCCUCCUUCUGGGGACUUCUCUACCUUCAAUCCUACGUUCCAGCCGUCUAUGGCCGUGAUCGUCAUAGUGCUCAUAAGCGCCUUCUUCUUCAUCGGCUUCUUCUCCAUCUAUAUCCGCCAGUGUUCCUCCGACUCGGAGAGCGUCCGCAGGCCAUCCAUAGCAAGGCUGGGCCUUUCCCGCCGCUCGCAGCGGGGGCUGGACCCGGCGCUCAUCGAGUCAUUCCCGACUUUCGUCUACUCGACCGUCAAGGCCCUCAAGUUGGGGAAGGGCGCGCUUGAAUGCGCGGUCUGCCUCAGCGAGUUCGAGGACGACGAGACCCUCCGCCUGCUGCCGCAGUGCAGCCACGCCUUCCAUCCGGAGUGUAUUGACGCCUGGCUUGCUUCGCACGUCACCUGCCCGCUCUGCCGGGCCAACCUCCAGGAGGAUCCCGGCGACUUCGUUCCGGCCGUCGCGAUUGACGUCCCCGCCGAGACCGACCGGCCUGCGAACGAGCAGCAAGAGGAGACCGGACAAGCUUUGCCGCCGGCGCAGGACCAGGUGUCGAUUCCGGUGACGGAGGAGGAGGCAAAUCCAAGCGCCGCGGCCGCUGCUGCCCUUGCCAACGCGAGCGUCCACGUUCCGGUGACGAAGAACUUGCGGUUCCUGGAGGAGGAUCGGUCGUGGAAGGGGCGGCAGAAGACGAACCGCAAGUUCCCGCGGUCCCAUUCCACCGGUCAUUCGCUUAUGCCGCCGGAGUCGUACGAGCGAUUCACUCUCCGGCUGCCGGAAAACGUCCGGAAGCAUAUCGUUGCCGGGAGGAUGAGCCGAGUAGCGAGCUGCUCCGUAUUUCCGGUGGACACCGGGGGGAGCAGCCACGCGGGGCGUCGAGUUGGUGAAGGGAGUAGCAGAGGCGGGAGCAUCCUCCGACGGGCGCGGGACGAGCUGACGAGGACGGAAGGGUGGACGUUCUCUAUCACUCCGCCCUUCGUAACCCGAUCAUUCUCCAGCACGCAUCGGACAGCCGCCGAGGCGGCGGGGACGGAGCCGUCGACGCCGAAGCCGCAGAAUCCAUCUCAACCGGGUCUCGUUCCCAUUCUCCGGACGCCGCUGGAUUGCCUCGGCUCCAGACGCGAAGCCGUCGAUCAGCCUUCGGCGUUGCCGCCGGCGAGGGUUCAGGUGUGAGGGUUUCAAUGUACAAGGCAGCGUGGGCGGCGUGGCGUGGAGCCAACAUGGGGGGACGUACUGUAGCUACCACCAAAAUCCUGCUUGUUUACGAUUCAGUGGGACCAAGAAGGGCUUCAGUUUCUAACACCACCAAGAAUGGUGGGCUCGACCGACCUCUUGUUUAUGUUUUCUGGAAGGUUUUAUUUUUAUAGUUUUGAGAUAUUCCCGCUCAUUAUCUUCUUUGGGGGUAUUUGUUUUAAACAAACCACCGUGAUUUUUCCCCUUGGUUGGUUUCUAAUAACUAAGGUGUCAAUGAU